GGCGUGGCCUAGCGGUGUGACUUCUGGGGAGGCACUGGCAGUCGAGGCUCGGGGGAGCUGGGCAGAGGAGCCGGUGAGCCAUGGCGGCGGCGGUGGUGGCAGCGGCAGCAGUGCGGACCCGGAUCCUGCAGGUUUCUUCUAAAGUAAACUCCACAUGGUACCCAGCAUCCUACUUCUCAUCAUCAUCAGUGCCAACUGUAAAACUCUUCAUUGAUGGGAAAUUUGUUGAAUCCAAAAGCGACAAAUGGAUUGACAUCCACAACCCAGCCACCAAUGAGGUCAUCGGCCGGGUCCCUCAGUCCACCAAGGAUGAAAUGGCGGCAGCUGUUGCUGCCUGCAAACGUGCUUUCCCUGCCUGGGCAGACACAUCCAUCUUAAGCCGUCAGCAGGUCCUGCUCCGCUAUCAACAACUUAUCAAAGAAAACCUGAAAGAAAUUGCCAGGUUAAUCACAAUGGAACAAGGGAAGACUCUAGCUGAUGCUGAAGGAGAUGUAUUCCGAGGCCUUCAGGUGGUUGAGCAUGCCUGUAGUGUGACAUCCCUCAUGCUGGGAGAGACCAUGCCGUCUAUCACCAAAGACAUGGACCUUUAUUCCUACCGUCUGCCGCUGGGCGUGUGUGCAGGCAUUGCCCCAUUUAAUUUUCCUGCCAUGAUCCCCCUUUGGAUGUUUCCCAUGGCUAUGGUUUGUGGAAAUACUUUCCUAAUGAAACCAUCAGAGCGAGUACCUGGAGCAACUAUGCUUCUUGCUAAGUUGCUUCAGGAUUCUGGUGCCCCCGAUGGAACACUGAACAUCAUCCACGGACAACAUGAAGCUGUAAAUUUUAUUUGCGAUCAUCCAGACAUCAAAGCAAUCAGCUUUGUGGGCUCCAACCAGGCAGGAGAGUACAUCUUUGAAAGAGGGUCAAGAAACGGCAAGAGGGUUCAGGCCAAUAUGGGAGCCAAAAACCAUGGGGUAGUCAUGCCAGAUGCCAAUAAGGAAAACACUCUCAACCAGCUGGUCGGGGCCGCAUUUGGAGCUGCUGGCCAACGCUGCAUGGCUCUUUCAACAGCCAUCCUCGUAGGGGAAGCCAAGAAGUGGCUGCCAGAGCUGGUGGAGCGGGCCAAAAAUCUACAAGUCAAUGCAGGAGACCAGCCUGGAGCUGAUCUAGGCCCUCUGAUCACUCCCCAGGCCAAAGAGCGAGUCUGCAAUCUGAUCGAUAGUGGAAAAAAAGAGGGAGCUUCCAUCCUUCUGGAUGGGCGAAAAAUUAAAGUCAAAGGCUAUGAAAAUGGUAACUUUGUUGGACCAACCAUCAUCUCCAAUGUCAAGCCAAGUAUGACCUGUUACAAAGAAGAGAUUUUUGGUCCAGUUCUUGUGGUUCUGGAGACGGACACAUUGGAUGAAGCCAUCAAGAUUGUAAAUGACAAUCCAUAUGGAAAUGGAACUGCCAUCUUUACCACCAAUGGAGCCACCGCACGGAAAUAUUCUCACAUGGUGGACGUCGGACAGGUGGGCGUGAACGUCCCCAUUCCAGUGCCUCUGCCAAUGUUUUCCUUCACCGGCUCUCGAUCUUCCUUCAGGGGAGACACCAAUUUCUAUGGCAAACAGGGCAUCCAGUUUUACACUCAGCUAAAGACUAUCACAUCUCAGUGGAAAGAAGAGGAUGCUACUCUUUCCUCACCUGCCGUAGUCAUGCCUACCAUGGGGCGUUAGCAGCAAGUUCUUCCAGACUCAGUCCAACCUGAGUCAAUUCCCAUAAUUCUUGGCUACCUUCACUUGCCAUCUUUGCUCAGAUCCGAUCCAUGGGAUUGGAGUAUGUUACAGCUCUCAGAACUGUCAGUCCCUUCAUAGUAAUAGGGAGACUACAGGAAACACCAAGCUGGGUCUGGACCUGCUCUGCAUCCUUCUCUUCUGACUACAGGGAAACACUAUGCUGGGUCUGGACUAGUUCUGCAUCCUUCUGUUCUGGAGGUAAUUGUGAAGUGUUUACCUGGAGUCAGAGCUUAGACCUGUCUUCUAACAGCUCUCCUGAUGACUUGGAGGGGAAUGGCGGCAUGGGGACAGAUCUCCUAAUUAUUGGAAGGACUCUUGGGUAGGGAAGGAGAGUAGAAACAGUUCACCCUCUGGUUGAGCCUCAAACACAGCCCUCCAUGAUUCCCACACUACGUAAGAUUUAACCUAUUUUUCUUAUCCAAACAUUUUAAGCACUGCUUCUUUUCUGCUCAGUGGCCCUUUCUUCUCAUUUUGAUUCAUGACCACUACUUAAUUCUAUCGUUGUCCAUGGUCUUUUCUACAAUACUUCUCAAAGAUACCUCAGGAUAUAAGUGAUGCGCUAGCUUUUUGUUAUAUGUGCCAUGUUUCAUGGUUUGCUUCAGCGAUCAUUAAUCAGUGCUCCAGCCAUUAAUUCAGAUGCAAACAAUCCUUAGAAAAAUUAUUUCACAAGUUAUUUGUGACCCAGAAAUCAAAGAAUGUGCCAAUCAUGAAAAUGGGUAAGACUCUUGGCCUUAACCAAACCUAUUAUUAUUUGCCAAAAUUUAUGUUAUUCUUUCUUCUUCUUCUUUUUUUUUUUGUUUUGUUUUUGUUUUUGUUUUUUCAAGACAGGGUUUCUCCAUGUAGCUUUGGAGCCUUUCCUGGAUCUCGCUCUGUAGACCAGGCUAGCCUUGAACUCACAGAGAUCUGCCUGCCUCUGCCUCCCAAGUGCUGGGAUUAAAGGCGUGCAUCAUCACCACCUGGCCUAGUUGAAACUUUUUAAUGAAAGUUCUUUUCAUAUAGAAUAACUGAUUGGACUACAAGAAACUUAAAAGUUUCCAUUCAACUGCCUUUAAACUGGCCUCUCUGAUCAUCUAAGCCUUAAGUCAGAAGAGAUCGAUGGGCUGAACAGAAGAGUCUGUCUGUCUGACCGGUCUGAAGCCCAGCUCUCUGAGCUGGCGGCUGCUGGCUCUGCUAGCCUUCAUCAUCACGGCUUAGUGAGCUGAGGUACUGGUCACUUGUUUCACUCUGUUCUGGACAGUCACGUGGACAGUGUUGCUCUAGUCUACCGGGUUAUUUGGUGAGUUAAAAUAAAGGUGGUGAAAAACCUUGAAAAUUUCCACUCUGUCGGCACAAGAGUAUUCGAGUAUCACCUCUGGUAGAAUUCAGAGCCUUCAGUCACUUCAACUCUGAUUUUUUGUUUUCCAUUCUAAAACCAAGUUGAAAUUUGUAGUUUGUGAUUAUAAUGCCUUUGUUUUCUUAUAAAACACAGUUCAUGCCCAACUCAAUCCAACAAUUUUGGGCUGGGUUGAAAAGUGGUUAUUAUCUAAAUUCCAAGUAGAAUUUAAUCACUAAGACUCCUUAUAUUUUCCUUAGAUAUAAAGGAAGUUACUUUU